GUUAAUAUUUGUUAAUUUACCUACCAAUUCAAUUAUAAGGAAUAUUUGUGAGGACCAAAAUGAGAAUACUAUAUAUCAGCUUACUGUUCAGUACUUUCUUAGCCGUUUACGGGAUAGAUAGUUGUCGAAACGUAGGUAAAGCAAAGGAAACAGUAGUAGCGGCAAUUAAUACAUUGCAGAGGACAAACAGACUGCUUGGAGAGACUGGUUCUGCGAUCUCUUCCAUUGAAGUUGCCUUUCAUGCAAGAUUGAAACCGUAUGUAAACCUUGGUUCUACACAGACAGUUAUUUUCGAUCAAGUGAUUACCAACAUUGGUAAAGGCUAUAACCAACAUACGGGUCAUUUCACAGCACCUGACGGUGGAAUUUAUUUCUUUGUCUGUACAUUUCUAAGACCAUAUACUGCAACUCAAUUACAUCUUCAAAUGGUUCAAAAUAGCAGCGAAAUAUCACGUGGACAUGCGGCAACAGGUGGAGGAUCACAGGCAGGGUCAAUGAAUGCAGUAGUAUAUAUGCAUAAGGGAGACGUUGUGAAAGUACGUCAUUACCCUGGAGUAGGAUCGGAAAUAGUACAUGGCGAUUGGAGUUUCUUUACGGGUUACCAUAUCUAAAAUGUCACUAUUAAAGCUUUGAACAGCAA